GGGAAUUCACAUCAAUCAGUUUAAAGUACAUAAUUUCUUCUUUCUUCUUCAUCCUUCUUUUGUCUGAAUUUGAUUGUCGUGCAGAUAGUCUUCCCUACUGAAUUGCAGUUCCUCGUGAUUUCGGUUGGCGAAUUCAAGAGAUUAACGAUUUUAUAAAUGAUAUCACUCCCAUCGAACCAAUAAUUAAGAUCGCGAGUAGACCGAUCUAAUAAUUUUAUUCAGCACAUACAUACACCUCCUAUCAGCAUGAUCGGAGACUCUGGACUACGAGCUCGGAAUUCCUGAGCUCCUGGAAAAAGGGAUCAAGGUCCUCAUCUAUGCGGGAGAAUAUGACCUCAUUUGCAAUUGGCUAGGUAAAAAACUGCUCUACCACUUUGGAUUCUCUCUUCACGUGAUCAUAAUUUGUGCUUCUGAUGGUGGAUUGUGGAUAGCUUAUGAAAUUUUCAAAAUGGCGACUGUGUUUUUUUGUUCUUUUUUUCUUUUUUCUAAAUGAUCAUAUGGUUCCGACAAUUUGUAAGGAAAUGGUUAUUUUGUCAUUGUUUAUCUAAACUUACAUCUAGUUUGACCCCAUCAAAUUUAGCAAAAACCAACAAAUUCAACAACCUAAGCACUCGAACUCGAUCAUCAAUUAUCUAGCUAGGCUCAUCAUAGGCAACCAAUGGUAGGCAUGAAUAUAAAAGGAAAUUCAAAUCCAAUAAGAAAUCCAUCAUAUGUGGGUUCUCGUUACCGGUCGUAUUAUAUGACACUGGUAGGUUUAAAAUUCAGUGCUACAGAGAGAUUUGGAGUGAUGAGGAUAGAAUUAAAAAACCAUAGCAACCUAUAUAUGGACGUGCUCGCGUUUUGGAUGAAGGAAAGAUAGGUUGAUAGCCUAUUAUCUUAUCACUUUUCAAUAUCUAAUUGCCAUAUAAAUCACUAUUUUAUAACCUAAAAUCAAAUAUGGAGUGUUUAGAUGAGUUUUGGUAAAAAAACACAAAUUUAUGGUUUGGAUGAUUUGAAAGCCUGAUCACACUGCUAGCUAGAUAAAAUUUCAGAUGGAAAUUGGCGAGAAUAAUCAUUUAGUAAAAAUAUUUUAAAGGUAUGGUACUAUUUUGGUGGAAGCAAAAGCUAUGUGACCAUUUUGUAUGAGGGUUAAAGUUAAAUGAUCAUUUUGGACAUGUCCCAAGUUUACCGUAAUAAUAUGUAAAAAAAGGAGAUACCCUUACCUCAUCCCUUUUCGAAUUAAAUAAAAUGCUAAAUUGCACGAGGAAAGUUGACCAUUAGGUAAGAAAUUAAAACAAAUUAAAUAAAUAAAACCCGCAAGGCAAGAGAUUGAAUUAAUUGUCUACUAAAGCAUUAUAAAUAAACCUUACAUUAGGUAAGAACGAUAAAUAAGUUCAUUUAAGCAUAUAUAUAUAUAUAUAUCCUUUCCAUUUUCAUACAACCAAAUAAAUACAAUCUUCCCAAUUAAUCAGAUAUGAAUACCAUAAACAAAAAAUGGACGAAAAUAGGAAAACUAACAAUACUUCCACAAAUAACGUCGACGCAGUAGCUUCCAUGAAUCUAUAUUUUCUUGAUAAUUUUUAUUACCAAUUCCAUGACUACAUAUUUUCCGAUAAUUUUAUUUCCAAUUAUUAAUUUCCUCGACAAAGGGCUAUAAAUACCAAACCUUCGAACGAAACUUUUACCUAAUAUAGCCAAAUCCUAAUCUAAACUUCUUCGAGUUUUAUCAGUUCCAAUUACUGUAGUCGUCAUCAUUGCCAACAAUGGCUAGUUUGUUUAGUCUUUUGUUGUGUUCUGUAAUGGCUUUGGUCGGAAGUUCAUUGCUCCGCCUUUCCGUUGCCGACGGGAAGCUGGUCAGGACGAUGGACAGUGAUUGGUCGUCGUGGCAGGAUGCCCAUGCAACGUUCUACGGCGACAAAAGCGGCAAGGAUACAAUGCAAGGUGCAUGUGGCUAUGGCGAUCUAUUCAAACAAGGCUACGGCCUCCAAACGGCGGCGCUAAGCACGGCGCUCUUCAAAAACGGCCUCACCUGCGGCGCGUGCUACGAACUCAAAUGCGUCGACGACCCGAACUGGAAGUUCUGCUACCGGGGAGUCGCGCCGAUCCAAAUCACGGCGACCAACUUCUGCCCGCCGAACCCGGCGGGCGGCGCGUGCAACCCGCCGAUGAAGCACUUCGACCUCUCGAUGCCCAUGUUCCUGAAGAUGGCGCCCUACAAGGCCGGGAUCGUGCGCGUGCAGUACCGCAGGGUCACGUGCGCGAAGCAAGGCGGGGUGAAGUUCGAGAUCAAGGGCAACCCCAACUGGAUCCUGGUGCUGCCGUACAACGUCGGCGGCGCCGGCGACGUGAAGAACGUGAGGGUGUUGGGGUCGAAGGGCGGUGGUUGGAUUCAGAUGCAGAGGAAUUGGGGACAGAACUGGCAGACGGGCGUGGAGUUGGUCGGGCAGUCGUUGAGUUUUCAGGUGGUGACGAGUGACGGCGCGUACAGGGUGUUCCGUAAUGUUGUGCCGGCGAAUUGGCAGUUUGGGCAGACUUUUGAUAGCAACAUCAACUUCUGAUGAGGCAAGGGAUCAUUCUCUAGGUUUUUGUUUUGUUCUUUAAUUUCUUCUAGUGAUAGGUAGUGAAGUGCUGUAGUUUGUGAAGUUGUGGAUUAUGUUGGCGAACAGAAAAGAAGUUGAUGGUUGUGAUAGUAACUAAUAAGAAUUCCCAAGUUGGUUAGCACUUAUUUUUUUUCAUGCGUUUUUGUCAUUUUUAGAUAUUGAUGAGAUCAUUGAGGAUGUGGAUGUGGUGACAUAUAUAUAUCUUGGAUAUCCUUAGAUAACCAUUUAUUUAAUGUUGGGAAAACUUAAUGUGAAGCUCACGACUAUGAAAUUGCAAUUUGUCUUUCGAGUUUGGACAUAAUAAGAGUUCUCCACUUCCAUCUAACUUGGCAAUAUGCCCAAAGAUUGUCAGUUAUAUGAGUGAUGUACUGUAAUAUGAAGGAAUGGGAGAAAAAAUAAAAAAUGCUAAAAGGGUCGUACCCAAAACUUUUUGAUAACAAUACCUUCAAAAUCUUUAUUUAUCUGAAAUGAUAAAUGAAGAAGGGAAAGCAUCAAAAUAAUUGCAACAGAAAGUCCUAAAAAUUGUCGAGCUACUAAUAGCUUCAAUGAGAAUAAUUCGUCUUGGUUAGGCAGUUUCACCAUCACCAGAACAUCCAUCUCUUCGUAUCUUUGAGCUAAUACACUUAUAAAGCAGGAGAAGUCGAGUGAAUGGCAAAAAUGUGGCGAAUUUUUUUUUCUUUUCUUAGGGGGCUCAUUUUAACGUUACGAAAACUUAUAUUAAAGGGAGAGUAAGGAAAAAAAAAGAGCUUACAUGGAAGGUAGGGUAUGAAGGAGAACUCAUAUUUGGAUUCUAGAGUAGUAUGAGAUGUUAAUUCUCAUUUAGAUAUCAUUUCAUUUUAUAGAUCCUUUCUUCUUGAAAGCUCUCUUCGACUCUCUGUCAUAAUAAGGGUGCAUCAAUCAAAAUUGUGCCCUUCAAUUUAUCUUGAAGGCAUGAAGAGAAUGAUAACGAACAAAAGAGGUGUAACUUUAAAAUCCUCAAAGUUAUUAAUUCGUAUUAUGAGAGAAGUUUUUGUGUUAGGGAUAUGUCAAAUUCAUGAGAACAUCUUCAUUUGAUACAAUUAUUGAGCUGAAGCAUUUCGAAAAGAAAAGAUUCUAAGUGAA